GCGGGCAUCGGGUCACCAGGCAUCAAGUCAUUGGCUCGACAGCGGGCACCGCGUCAUCUGGCAAGGCAGUGGGCUCCGAGUCAACUGGUAUGACCGCGGGUACUGGGUCAGACAUUGGAUCGUCUGACUGGGACAGCGGGCAUCGGGUCACCAGCAUCAGGUCAUUUGGCUCGACAGCGGGCACCGCGUCAUCUGGCAAGGCAGUGGGCUCCGAGUCAACAGGCACGACAGUGGGCACCGGGUCACCAGGCAUUGGAUCGUCUGGCUCGACAGCGGGCAUCGGGUCACCAGGCAUCAGGUCAUUUGGCUCGCCAGCGGGCACCGCGUCAUCUGGCAAGGCAGUGGGCUCCGAGUCAACAGGCACGACAGUGGGCACCGGGUCACCAGGCAUUGGAUCAUCUGGCUCGACAGCGGGCAUCGGGUCACCAGGCAUCAGGUCAUUUGGCUCGCCAGCGGGCACCGCGUCAUCUGGCAAGGCAGUGGGCACCGAGUCACCAGGUACGACAGCGGGCUCUGAGUCAAUCGGCACGAUGGCAGGCACCGGAUCAGGUACCGGAUCAUCUGGAUCAACAGCGGGCAUCGAGUCAAACUGG